AUGAGAAAACGUCAAGAACCCACCCGAGCACAAGCCCACCCGAAAACUUCAUCAUUACAUUCGGAAUUUAAAUCUGUCUCUCAAAUUGAGGACAUUGCAAAAGGAAUUAUUUCCGAUAAAAAGAAUACCAACAAUCUACUUAAAUUAACAGAGUUUUUGGAAGAAUCGUUUCCGAGGUCUCUCCGAAAGGAAAGAAAUUUUGUUCUACAAUCAAUAGAGUCUUUAUUGCAAGUGUUCUCCCACUUUUUUGAUCAGAAAACGUUGAUACUGAAUGUUGGAGAAAAAGAUACAGUUGUUUGCGAUGUGAGCAAGGAAAAAACAAUUCAAAAAAAGGAAUACAUGAAGUGGGUUUAUGACCAAUACUCUACAUUUACCAAAUAUCUUCCAUUGUUUGCGAUUCAUUAUUUCACCAAGUUUGAAGAGAGUGAAGUAGAAAUCCAAAAAUGUGUGGAUGCAAUUCUUACUUUGGCAAAAUUGGAAUUAAAUUCUGCAAAUGAUUCCGCUUUUGUUGAAAUGGACCGAGAACGUAAUAGAAUCAAUACUAUCGUUUGCGAAGGUCCAUUUGGCUCUUUAAUUUAUCACUUGGCCAUUGACACCAAUCAAAGUGAAGGAAAAGCUUUUAUCAUUGACUAUCUCAAAGACAAAUUUAUUGAUAGAUAUCACGAUUUGAGGUAUUUCACCUACGUUGCUUUAACACUGGCCAUUAGAAAGUUGCGCUCCAAGAAAAAAAAAGCAAUUACAUAUCCUCAGUUUUGUGAAAAUAUUCUCUCUAUUAUUGAUGACAUUCCUCCGAUUGAGGACAUUGAAAGAUUAUUCUUGUAUGAGGGGUUUGAUGAUUCAAGCGAAGAAGAAGAAGAUGUCAUGAGUGAUAACGAAGAUUUUGAAGAUGGUUUGAUGAUGGACGAUGGAACGAUUCCUUCAGGAGACACACUGAUGGAUCCUCUUGGAGACUUGAAUUCUUUAACACUACCAAGCUCAUCGGAAAAGAAUGAAUGCAAGAUGAAAACAAGAAAGAACAUAAUGACUAAAUCCAUCUAUGAGACUAUUUUAAGGAAAAUGAGCGAAGAAAUCAUUCCUCAAUUCGAAGAUCCAUUCUUACUCAAUGACUUUAUCUCUAAUUCUUUUGAUCAGGGUGGAUUGGUGGCUCUGUUGUCCGUCAAAAGUUUAUUUAUUUUAAUCUCAGAGUAUAAUUUAGUAUAUGACCAAUUCUAUCAGAAAUUAUAUUCUAUUAUCGAUUUGAAUCUUUUCACAAUGGAUGACAGAGAAGAAUUUUUUGAACUAUUUGACACAUUCAUGAAAUCCACCCAUUUACCUGAAUACAUUGUUGCAGCUUUUGUGAAGAAAUUUGCAAGAAUAUCUCUUUUUGCGCCUGCUUAUGCUUGCACCUACAUUUUGGCAGUUAUUUAUAAUCUUGUUUCUAGACAUCCACAAAUUAGCUUUUUGGUCCAACACGAUGAAAUUGAACCCAAGUAUCUUUCUAGACUUCAAAAAAAAGCAUUGAAAGAGCAACACACAAGGUCAAAUAAUGAUCACGUGACAGAUCCUUUUGACUUUCAUGAAAAAGAUCCCAAACUCUGUAAUGCAAUGCAGAGUCAGUUGUGGGAGAUUGAUACAUUAAUACAUCACUCUAAUACAGAGGUCGCCAAAAUGGCCAAAGACGUCAAGAGACAUUUCGCUGAAGGAUUUCCUCAAUAUGAUAUCAAAAAGUUUACAUCAACUACCACUGAAGAUAUGUUUACAAGGCUUGCUGAGAAGAAAAGGUUCGUCAAGCUCACUAAUUUGGAUGCUCCUAAUGGACUUUUUGAGACAAAAGACAAGAACUCUGUUUACUCCAUUUUCGACUUUUAA